UAAAGCAAAUGGCCCAAAUGAAAUCCAACAAUUUGGUCCAAUCUGCUAAAAACUCAACUCUAUAGCCCUUAAUACAACAUACUUAGUCAAAUAAUUAAAAAAAAAAAAAAAUUAACAAACAAAAACAAAUGGAAAUAAAAAAAUAAAAAUGGUAAGAAAAUGAAGAAGAGGGAAACCUGCGAAAAUGGAUCCGAGCAACAAGCUUACAUGGAUCCACUCUUUUCUUUACCUUGCCCUAAUUUCCAUUUCCGUACACCUUCUUCACACACUCUUGAUCUCUCCCAAACUCGGAGUUAACCAUCAAAAUGCCAGAAUCAAGAAACUUUCACCCGCCCCUCUUCAAUUCCGCGCCGACGGUACUUUCAAAAUCCUCCAGGUUGCAGAUAUGCAUUUGGGGAACGGGGAGUUGACUCGGUGCAGGGACGUGUUGGACAGCGAGUUUCCUCACUGUUCCGACUCGAACACGACUCGGUUUCUUGAGAAGAUGAUCCAGCUCGAAAACCCUGAUUUUGUUGCUUUUACUGGGGAUAACAUUUUCGGUUCGAGUGCAACCGAUGCAGCGGAAUCGCUAUUCCAAGCUUUCGGCCCGGUUAUAAAAUCGGGAAUUCCUUGGGCAGCUGUACUAGGAAACCACGAUCAAGAAUCAACUAUGACUCGUGAAGAGCUAAUGGCGUUCAUCUCCCUCAUGGAUUUUUCUUUGUCACAGACAUUCCCAACGGUCGAAGAAGACACAUCAAAUCCUGACGGACGAAAAAAACAAGUGCCGAAAAUCGACGGGUUCGGAAACUAUAAUCUGAGAGUGGUGGGCCCGCCUGGUUCCGGUUUUGCCAAUAGCAGUGUGCUGAAUUUUUAUUUUCUUGACAGUGGAGAUAGAGCCGUUGUUGACGGGGUUCGAACUUAUGACUGGAUUAAAGAAUCGCAACUCAAUUGGCUUCGUCGUGUUUCUGAAAAAAAUCGGGUCACAAAUCCGUAUCCAACCGAGAUUCCUUCGUUGGCAUUCUUCCACAUUCCGAUUCCCGAAAUCAAGGAGGGGCCCAUUUACAAUAUGGUGGGCACUUAUCGAGAAUACGUGGCGUGUUCGUUAGUGAAGUCCGGUGUUCUAGAAACCCUAGUCUCGAUGGGAGAUGUGAAGGCCGUUUUUAUAGGGCACGAUCACACGAACGACUUCUGUGGGGCCCUUAAGGGGGUGUGGUUUUGUUACGGGGGCGGUUUUGGAUAUCACGGUUACGGGGUUGCCGGCUGGCAUAGGAGGAGUAGAGUUGUUUUGGCGGAACUUGAGAAAGGGAAGAAUUCGUGGGGCGGAGUUAGAAGGAUUAAGACGUGGAAACGACUCGAUGAUGAAUUCAUGAGCAAGAUUGAUGAACAGGUUCUUUGGGAGAAAUGAUUUUUGUGGAAUUUUUUUUUUUUUUUAAUUUGUGAUUUUGGAAAAGAAAUUAUUUUGAGUUUUUAUGGUGAAUAAUUAGGUGUGUAAAUGAUACUCAAAUGUCUCAUUAUGUAAUGAUUAAUCCACGUGUGCAAUCCAUGGUGGGUUUAUAGUUGGACCAGGACCA